AAUAAAGGUGAUGUCGACUUUGCCCUGAAUGGGGACGGGAGGUGGGGAAUCUCCAUUCGUGCCGUCCAGUGUCCUGUGGGUACCUCUACAAUACAGUACGCCUUCCAGGGAAGCAACCCGUACUAUCUUAAACUGCAAAUCAGAAACGCCAGAAUUCCCAUAACUGGGGUACAAGUUCAUCGAUCCAAUGCCUGGGUCACCAUGACCCACAGUUCUGACGGCUACUGGUUGCUGAACGACGGUCAUGCUAUGCCCAGUGGUCAGUUUGAUAUUCGUCUGACAGCGGCUAAUGGUCAAGUUCUCAAUGAUGCUGUGCCUAGGAUUGAUAACUCCCACAUUUUGGAAGGUGUACACAGAGUACAAGUGGCGCUGGACGCUAGUCUACCCAACGCAUAGAGCAUCACGUGAUCGUCACAAGAAAGUCACGUGGUACAUCAGAAUGUUAACCCACCGUGUAUCAAAAUGUAUUUAAAA